AUGCGUUUCUCUCUUGUCCUUGUCGCCGCUCUUGCGGGUCUCAACACUGCGCUUCCCCAGAGGGGCAAUGGAAAUGGGAAGUCCCGUAUAGGACGACCUGCUGGCCAAAACAACCAGAACAAUCAAGACAACAUUGUUCCAGUUGCUCAACAAGGCAACGGUGCUGCCGCAGGGGCUCAAACCCAAGCUCAAGCCCAAGCCCCCGCUGCCACUGCUGCUCCCAAUGGGAAGGGCAAUGGGAAGGGCAACGGUGCUCAAGCUGGAGCCGCGACGAGCGCAGCGAACAACCAAGCUCCUCAGAACACUGCAGCAGCAGCAGCAGGAAAUGCAAACAACGGAAACGCCAACGGCAAUGGAGCCCAAGCCGGAGCCAACAAUGGCAAUGGCAACGGCAACGCAAACAACGGCAAUGGAGCUCAAGCUGGAGCCAACAACGGCAACGCCAACGGCAACGCAAACAAUGGCAACGGACAGGCUGGUCAAAAUGGCGCUUUUGACGCCUCACUUGUCCCCGAGUUCGGUAUCGAAGCUGGCCAACAGCCCGAUGGCGCUGGCAACUGUAUCGGAAACAACAACGUCAAGAUCCCGUGCAGCUGCCCACCUGAUCGCCAGGAAUUCAUCCAAAAGGUUCAAGCCGCUGCCGCUGCCGGAAACUCGGAGGGUGUACCAGUGGAGUUCCCCACGGACAACUCGAGCGCGAGCGAGAAGGCGAGAAUCGGAACAAGCAUUAUCGUCUUGCAGAACCUCAACGGAUUGGGUCAGGGCUGCCCUGCAGCUGCUACCAACUUCCUCGCGCAACAAGCUGCUGCUUAG